AUGGUGCCUCUGCUAACCCAAGCUCCCGCCGGAGGAGCCUUAAUCUCCGCCACACAACAAUCUUCCCUCAAAUUCACCCACCCAAUUCCACCUUUGUUCACUAAGCGCCGCCCCAACUUCUCACGCCAAAACAGGUUGCUUAAGCCCCUUACCCUAGCUAACGCCGCCGAGCCUUCAGGCAGCGGCCCUUCUGCUGCCACCAAGCCCAGUCCUGCCACUGCCUCUAUCCCCUUCAGUGGAGAAGAGCCAAUAUCUAUUGUGGGCCAAGAAAGUGUCCCUCUUGAAGGUGUUAUUCAGUUCGAAAAACCCAACUCCGAUUCCCGUCUCGCCAAGUGGGGCCGUGUGGCUCUGCUAGCUGGUGGGGAUGUGGCGGCAUUGGUUUUGUUCUCUGCAAUUGGAAGGUUCAGUCAUGGAUUCUCUGUUUUCAACUUCGAAACACUGAAAACUGCGGACCCUUUUAUUGCUGGGUGGUUUCUGAGUGCAUAUUUCCUUGGAGGUUAUGGUGAGGAUGGUCGAGGUAUGAAUGGUCAGUUGAAUGCUGUUACAGCUGCUGCCAAAUCAUGGUCCUUGGGUAUUCCAUUAGGAAUAAUCAUAAGGGCAAUAACAAUUGGCCAUACACCACCAACCAAUUUUAUAUUAGUGACAAUGGGAAGCACUGCUGUAUUACUUAUUGGAUGGAGAACACUACUUUUCAGCAUUUUCCCCAAUAAUAAUGCUAAGAAGAAUGACGUAUACAAGCGUGGCAGCCCAUUUGAAUUGCUUGAGUUGCUUACAUCGUUGAUUAGAAGAUGGUGA